UAGUGAUCUUCUGUUGAUAAAGUUUAGUUCUGUGAUUCGAGUUGAGUUUCGUUCGACAAAUUUGUGAAAAUGAUUAAGGUUUUCGCGAUCGUUGCUGCCCUAACAACUACAGCCACUGCAUAUAUCGUUGGUAAUGGAUACAACAUUGUGACGAAACACGCUACACAGUAUUACGGAAGUGGACAAGGAUCUGGUGAAAACUACGGAAAUGCUGGAUACGGUGAUACUAGCUAUGGAGGCCAAGGAAAUGUGGGCUACAUAACACCAGGAAACUUGGGGUACAUGAACAAGGGCUCUAAGUAUGACAACUACGACCAGUAUGAUCAUAAAGAUUAUUAUGCCUAUCCAAAGUACAAGUUCAACUAUGGCGUUCAAGAUUCGCACACCGGCGAUCAUAAGAGUCAAUGGGAAAUCCGUGAUGGAGAUGUCGUGAAGGGUGGAUAUUCUUUUUACGAACCUGAUGGCACCAAGAGAGUGGUUGAGUACACCUCAGACAAACAUAGUGGAUUCAAUGCUGUCGUGAAAAAGAUCGGCCAUGCUCAUCACCCGCAAGUUUAUGCUACAGAAAAUGGAAUCUCUGGAGGUGGAUAUGAUGGGCACCAUGAUGAAAGCUACAGCUACAAUAAUAUACACUGAAACGUUUAACGAAUGGCGAACAGCUUGUAGAACAAAUUUAAUUUAUUUAACCUGAAUUUAUCCUGAGAUUAUAUCUUAAUAUCUGCAGAAACUUGUGAAUGAAGUUGUAUGACAGAUUGUACAGUGUACAGAUAACGCCUGAAUGUGGAUACUGCUCGAAAAAUAAAAGAUGCUUGUCGAAAAA